AAUUAUUUGAUUUAUUUAAAUAUCCUACAAAUACUAAACAUAGAUUUUUACAAACUACACCUCAAAUGAAUCAAAUUGGAUAUAAUAAACUUGCCUUAUAUUAUGAAAAUGAAAAAAAACUUAUGGAAAAAUUAUAUAAACAAGAAAUUACUAAUGAAGAACCACGAAAUACAUCUGGAAGAAGAGCUACUGAAAUUGUAGUUUAUACUUAUGAAAAAAUUCAAAAAAAUAUUUAA